AGUAAACAAAUGGGCAGCGCGCAUGCGCAGUGUGGAGCUAAUGGAGGUGAUGGGGCUUGGGCUUGUGAAGGUCCGGUGCUGAAAGUGAGUGAAGAGAGGCGGAAAGAUAAAAGCGGGUUUCCCGCGACAUUUAUUCCACAUCAUCGGUUUGAGGAUCCACCGGCGUGAGGAUGGCGUGCGACUCAUCCUCCUUCUCCUCCAAGGGGAUCAUGACCUUUUACCCGACCAUGGAGGAGUUCAAGAGCUUCAGCCGCUACAUCGCUUACAUGGAGUCUAAGGGAGCGCACAGAGCCGGUCUGGCCAAGAUCGUUCCUCCAAAGGAGUGGAAGCCCAGACGCUCGUACGACGACAUCGAUGACCUGUUGAUCCCAGCGCCGAUUCAGCAGGUGGUGACGGGUCAAUCUGGACUCUUCACUCAGUACAACAUCCAGAAGAAACCCAUGACUGUGAAGGAGUUCCGCAAAACCGCCAACAGCGACAAGUUCUGCAGUCCACGAUACGAUGACUUUGAAGAGCUCGAGAGGAAAUACUGGAAGAACGUCACUUUCAACCCUCCCAUCUAUGGAGCCGACGUUAACGGAACUCUGUACGACCCUGGUGUGGAUGAGUGGAACGUGGGCCAUUUGAACACCAUCCUGGACACUGUGGAGCACGACAGCGGCAUCACCAUCGAGGGGGUGAACACGCCGUACCUGUACUUUGGCAUGUGGAAGACGACGUUCGCCUGGCACACAGAGGACAUGGAUCUCUACAGCAUCAAUUACCUUCACUUCGGGGAACCCAAGUCGUGGUACACUGUUCCUCCGGAGCACGGGAAGAGAUUAGAGCGUCUGGCUAAAGGAUUUUUUCCUGGAAGUUCUCAAAACUGCGAAGCUUUUCUCCGACACAAGAUGACCCUGAUCUCUCCCUCUAUUUUGAAGAAAUAUGGCAUCCCUUUUGAAAAAAUCACUCAGGAAGCCGGAGAGUUCAUGGUGACGUUCCCGUAUGGAUAUCACGCCGGGUUCAAUCACGGGUUUAAUUGCGCGGAGUCGACCAACUUCGCCACGCAGCGGUGGAUCGAUUACGGAAAGCAGGCCAUUCUGUGUUCAUGUCGGAAGGACAUGGUGAAGAUCUCUAUGGACGUGUUUGUGAGGAAGUAUCAGCCCGAGCGUUACGAGUUGUGGCUGGCGGGGAAGGACAGCGCGCCCAUCGAUCACACCAAACCCACUCCAGAGGCGGCAGAGUUCAUGGGAGGCAAGAAAGGAGACUUCGGUCACAGAGAACCGUGUACGCAGAAGCUGAGCAGCGACUCCAAAAAAAGUGUGGCCAAACAGAGGAUCGGUACUAAGAGGCACCGUGUGUGUUUGGAGGUACCGGAUGAUGUUCUGCCAAAGAGUGAGGAGCAGAAUGGCGACUCUGUUUAUGGGAAGAAGGGACGUCUCUCUCCACAGCCGGAGCUGAGCUCAGACACUUCCGACUGCAGCAGUCGGUCGCGUGUAAAACCUCCUCGUUCUGAGAGCUGCGUUAAAUCGGAGACUGCUGAUGUAACCUCGGCCCCGGAGUCUCCUCAGGCCCAAAGAAAAAGCCAUCUGUACAUCGCCACCGUCCCCAUGGCCCCGCACUGCCUCUCCGCUCUGCCCUGGACGUCCAGCAAGCCCGGGGUCGCCAGCCUGCUCUUUCACCGGACCCUGAGUCCCUCUGACGCCCUGCAGGUUCACACCUACGCCGCUAAAGCCACACUCUGUAAACCCCAAUAUCCCAAAUUCCAAGACUUCAUGAACUCCGACUCCGAGUCAGAACCCACACCUGAGCUGAAACACAGCGUAGAUACUCCAGAACACAGCGUAGACACUCCAGAACACAGCGUAGACACACAUGAGGAUGAAACGGAGGAUGAGAAAGAGAACAAGAGCAUGAAGAGGAUGCUGCAACCCCUCAGCAAUCUGCCACAGCUUCACCCGCUGCUCAGAGACAGCUCCAGUGAUGAAGAGUUGCAGGAGCAGGUGGAGAUCGAUGUGGACUGUCAGGAAUCGGACCCCUGGGCUGAGCUACUCAGACCCCUGUGGCAGAAACGGAUAUUGCGCAGCUUUAAGGUGGAGCGCGAGUUUAACCGGCGUUUGGGUCUCCAGGCUCCAUACUGUGCCGUGUGCAGCCUCUUCCACACGUACGAGCAGAGUGAUUUGAACACUCUGAUCCAGGGAACGUCGGUGUCUAGUGGAGAGGACAACAUUAGGACGAAGCCUCUGAUCCCGGAGAUGUGCUUCACGGGAAGUUCUGACGGACAGCUGUCCACUCCGAACCUGGAUGAGGAUGGAACCAGUCCUCUGGUCAGCUGUACGGUGUGCUCCGUUCGCGUUCACACCAGUUGUUACGGAGUUCCUCGAGGCAGCAGUCUGGAUGGAUGGAGGUGUUCACGCUGUGAAGCCAAUGCUUUUACUCAGGACUGCUGUUUGUGUUCUUUACGAGGAGGAGCAUUGCAGAGAGCCAACAACGACAAGUGGGUGCAUGUGUUCUGUGCAGUAGCUGUUUUGGAGGCCAGGUUUGUGAACAUCCCCGAGCGCAGGCCGGUAGAUCUGAGUGCUAUACCGCUACAGAGAUUUAAACUGAAGUGUCAUUACUGUCGGAAGCAGAUGAAGAAGGCGUCUGGUUGCUGUGUUCAGUGCUCCCAUGGCCGCUGCUCGUCCUCCUUCCACCCCACGUGUGCUCAGGCGGUCGGCGUUCACCUGCACCCCGACGACUGGCCCUUCGUCGUCUUCUUCACCUGCUGGAGACACAAAGGAGGCACAAACAUCGAGCGUAACAAGGCGUCUCUGCGAGAACUGGUGACGGGGCAGAAGGUUAUAUGCAAGCACAAGAACGGCCGCUAUUACCAUUGCGAGGUGGUGGAGCUCACCAAGGCUACGUUCUACGAGGUGGUGUUCGACGACGGCUCCUUCAGCGACAACCUUUUCCCUGAGGACAUCGUGAACAGAGACUGUGUGAGACUCGGGCCUCCAGCAGAGGGCGCUGUGGUGCAGGUGCGCUGGACAGACGGGCUGAUCUAUGGUGCCAAGUUCGUCGCAGCUCAUGUCAUCCCCAUGUACCAGUUGGAGUUCGAGGACGAGUCUCAGCUGACGGUAAAACGUGAAGAAGUGUAUUGUCUGGACGAGGAGCUUCCCAAACGUGUCAAGGCAAGACUGUCCGUGGCGUCAGACAUGCGCUUUAAAGGAGUCUUUGUGGAGAAGGAGGUCAAACAGGACUCUAAAAGACAGCGCUUUAUAAACUCCCGCUACAGAGAGGACUAUAUCGAGCCUUCAGUCUACAGAGCCAUCAUGGAGUAAAGCGUUCUCCUUCACCUCGGGGAAUAAAAAAAAAACCUCUCGGACUCCUCAGAUUUUUAUUUUAUGCCGACGUUUCUGAGAUUUAUUUUCUCCUUAAGACCCUGUUCGAGCCUCUUAUUCCUUCCAAUGACGCGCUGCCGCUGUGGAACAUCAAACCUGUUCCGUAAUCUGAUCUCUGAGCCUCCAGAUGCAACUGUGCAACUGCGUCCUGAGCGGUUCCUCUGAGAAGUUUCUUAAAGUGGCUCCUCUGAAGUUUUUUUGGAUGCGGCUCCUUCCAGAAGUUAUUUGAAGUGAUCUCCCCCCCCCCCGGGUUUUCUCUGAGCAACUUUUUCGGAUUCCUAAUGGAAAAAAGUAGAGAAGUUACGAGGUUGUUGUUCCCUCUGCCCUUUCUAUAUCGCUACGACACGUAGCUUGCUUUAUAUCAUUUAAUCAGAAAACAAAUCUGGUGACGUGUGAAGCGAUCUGAAAUACAACAAUUUAAAUACAAGUGGUUCAUGCUUCAGGCUGUUUAGAGAAAAAAAUUAAAUGGCCACGCCCACAAGAGAUCAUUUUACUUACUAGCAUCACUCAGGGAUGAGUAACGAUUUUACAGUAGCGUAUGAGAUCCGUGUCGCAUCAGUUACAGCGAAAUUAGAACAAUAUAAAAACCUACGGCCACAGACGCCGGUAAUCACCAUAGAAACCAUGAUUCAAAAGCGGGUUUCCAGAUCUAGAGAGAGAGCACCAGCGUGUGUAGCUCAGCAUUAGCAUUCUUAGAGUAGCGUAAUUACAGAAACCCGUUACUGAUGCUACCAUCCGAAAUCUGUUUCCAAGGCAACAGUAUUUCAACAGCACAGUGGAAAAGGAGCUCUCAGGGAAAAAAAAGGAGGUCUGAAUCCCGAUCCGAAAAUUGAGAGCCUUGAAAUGAGAAGAUCGGGUCCGGAUCGGCCACCGGCAUCGCUUACAUGGUUCUGUUUCAUCAGUGCUAAUUUUGUAAUUAGAUUUUUUUUGUUUUUUUUCUCCUGCUCCACAUCCUUUCGAUAAAAUCAGCAGGUUGAAUUGUAGCGCGUGUUCACUGUGUAAUCUACUGUAAAUCUUUUUUUUUUUUUUUUUUUUUUAUAGAAAAUGCUCACGCUUUAUUUUCUCCCUCGCUUAUUUUCUAGGAUCGAAUUCCGGGUCGUCGUUUUAUUUAUAUUUGGGAUAAGUUAAAUUUUUUGCUCUUGGCGCUUGUUUUUCUUCGACAUUUGAAUUAAUUUGUAUCAAAAGGUUAUUUAUUUGUUUUGAUCUCUUCCAGUUUUCUACACUUUUUACUCUGUCGAUUAGUUACGAAUGAAAUAUUGGCAGUUAAAAAAAAAAAAAAAAAACACGGAUGCACUUAUUGACCAUUUUCUCCUAUGAUGUGUGUAUUUAGUAAAAUAAAAUCUUUUCUGGAAUGUUGGUUCUGGUUCUGGUACGCUCUGUACACUCAUGACUGCUUCUUUCUUCAUUAAAAGCAGCUUGAUUUGGA